AUGAAUUGGCCUGAAGGUGGAAACUUCUGUUUGGCCCAUGAGGAAGAAGAACAAGUGGAUCGGGCUGAGGAAGCUCCACCAUACAAUCAGUUAGCCAAAGAAGAAACACGUUAUGCCCUCUUCGCUGAUGGGAAAAAGCGAGAACUACAUGUCAUGGCAAGUCUAAAACAGCAGCUUCAUGGUAAUCCCCUAGAGUACACUGGCAAGAAACUUGUCCUGUCUGCUCUGCCACUUCUAAACAAUCUUUUAUCAUUGGUAGAUGAUAUAAGUGAGCCUGACACCAAACAGGGGUCAGAUACAGUUUCAGGAAACUGUCGUAUCCUUCUUCACGUCAUUAAUAAUAGAAAGAGCAUGCACAGCCAGGAAGCAGAAGCUGGGAAGGCUGUUUUCGUUGUUACUCUACAGCACAGAAAAAUGGACCUCUCUGUUUUGCCAAACAACAACCAUCCCGAUAAAUUCCUGCAACUGGAGGUGAAGUCUUUAGAGAAAAGCUCUACCUGUCUGAAAGCCAGCUGGGCAAAAUUGCCAGAUGCAGCUCUACCUGGAGUGCAGCGGUGGCACAACAGAAUCUAUUUACAGAGAGAAAAAAGAACUGUCACUGAGCUGCCAGGCUUAGACUUGAACAGGGUCAGUCAAGAAAUGAUGGACAAAGCCCUGGGGAAACACAUUACACCCAUCACUCUGAAAUCCACCAUCAAAAGAAACCCAUUGUAUAGUGAUAUCCAGGUGGAUGACGACUGGGAGGAGAAGAAAAAGACCCCUUCCUGGACCGUGCAGGACUAUGACAGACACUCGCUGCACUCUAACUUGGCCAGCCACAUAAAGGAAAAUCCUAAUGAUCUACAGUUCUGGAUGGGGGAUAUUUAUACUCCUGGGUAUGAUACCUUGUUAAAAAAGAAAGAGAGAGAAAAAAAGCAUUCCAAAUAUUGUCGAAUCAUCCUGCUCAUAGUACUUGCUGUUUGCAUCCUAAUUACCAUAGUCACACUCAGUGUUUUACUUACUUAA